AUGUCAUCGCCGACAAUAUUCCUCCCUGACGACCUUAUCGUAGAAGUGCUUUCUUUCCUUCCUGUGAAAACUCUUAUGCGACUAAGGUCCUGCUGUAAAUCGUCAAACUCCCUCGUAUCCGAUCCUUUAUUCGUCAAGUCGCACCUUCAGCAUUCUACACAAAACCCAAACUUCACACUGGGAAGAACACUAUGUAUAGAGGAUACCAGUGUCCUACCCAUCUCCUUUGAUCGUUUCAUAGAGAGUUCAUGUUCGUCUAAACCGAUUACCCUUACCAACGAUCCUUACUAUAGUUUGAAGGAUAAGGAUUGCUCUAAUGUUGUUGGUUCCUACAAUGGAUUGAUAUGUUUGCUCGGUUAUUCUUUUGAGUCUAGAGAGAUGUGGUUCCGUUUUUGGAACCCUGCUACCAGGACAAUAUCAGAAAAAAUAGGCCAUUUUCGUAGCAUACCCUACAGUUAUGAUUUGACAUUUGGUUAUGAUAAUUCCAAAGACACUUAUAAGGUAGUGAACUUAUACCGAGGGGCGAAAGUUUUUAGUCUGGGCGAUAAUGCUUGGAGAAAUAUUUAA